CACUUUCGCGACGGUCCCUCAGUCCCUGACUCUACUGCGCUACAGGAACUUGUCUUCUUUACUAUGCAGUGCGCAGCCAGAGCACUGAGAGCAGGCCUGAGCGCAGCUCACCACGAAUUUCUCCCCAGACUCACAACGCUACGCUUCAGUCAACUGCGCAGCAUGUCUCAGGCCCGACCCCCAGUCACUCUUCUGGGCACCAUGGCGUUUGGGGGACGCGCGGACGCGAACCUGAGCGCGCAGAUGGUGCAGCUGUUCUUAGAGCGCGGCCACGAGGAGCUGGACACCGCGCUUAUGUACAACGAUGGACAGGCGGAGACCAUCAUAGGAAACAUGCAGCUUCCCAAAACAGUUCGAAUCGCGACUAAAGCAAACCCCUGGGAGGGAAAGACACUGAAGCCAGAGAGUGUCCGGAAUCAGCUGGAAACGUCUCUGAAGAGGCUGCGCACACAGUGUGUGGAGCUGUUCUACCUUCACGCGCCGGACCACCAGAGCCCCAUUCAGGACACACUACAGGCCUGCAACCAGCUGCAUAAAGAGGGCAAAUUCAAACAGCUGGGCUUAUCGAACUAUGCAUCAUGGGAAGUGGCAGAAAUCUACUGCAUCUGCAAACACAAUAACUGGGUGCUUCCUACUGUGUAUCAAGGCAUGUAUAAUGCAACCACACGACAGGUGGAGACUGAGCUGCUGCCAUGUUUGAGAUACUUUGGCAUUCGUUUCUAUGCAUACAAUCCUCUGGCAGGCGGGCUCCUGACUGGAAAAUAUCACUAUGAAGAUAAAGACGGCGCUCAGCCUGCGGGUCGAUUCUUCGGGAACAACUGGGCUGGUGCUUACAGAGACAGAUACUGGAAGGAGAGUCAUUUCCAAGGCAUAGAUGGCAUUCGUGAGGCUCUGGAAGCAGCGUACGGCUCAGAGAAACCCACCCUGACGUCAGCUGCUAUCCGCUGGGUGUACCAUCACUCACAUCUGAGGGGUGAUCUGGGUGACGGGGUCAUCAUCGGGAUGUCCAGCAUGGAGCAGCUGCAGGAGAACCUGACAGCAGCCGCAGAAGGUCCGCUCAAACAGGAAGUCGUGGAUGCUUUCAAACACGCCUGGGAUUUAGUGGCCCACGAGUGUCCAAACUACUUCCGCUAGACGCCCCGUGACAGAUAGAGAAUAAAGUGAUACGAAGCCUGAUUUAGAAGAAUACAGAGAUCUUUAUUUUUUCUUUGCUCAUAUUUUGUGAGUGAACCAUGAUAUCUGAGUUGGACAAGCCUACAGUUUCCUAAUAAACACAAUGAACAAAAUGAAACA